GAAGAUUAGUGUAAUGUGGGGUUUUUGUUUUUUGUUGCUUUGACAGCUUUUCUUAGUCUUCGGAGCUGCUAUUCUUUGACACGUUGCGUCUGCAUUGCCCUGUUUUGCUUAAUUACUUCAAGUUAUGGCAGCUUUAAAAUACGCAGGUAUGGACGACACAGACAGUGAGGAUGAAUUGCCUCCUGGAUGGGAAGAGAGGUCUACAAAAGAUGGAUGGGUCUAUUAUGCAAACCAUGAUGAGAUGAAGACUCAAUGGGAACAUCCCAAGACAGGGAAGAAAAAACGUUGUGCUGGAGAGUUACCAUAUGGUUGGGAGCAAGAAACGGAUGAUAAAGGACAGAUAUUUUAUGUUGAUCACAUCAACAAGCGGACCACCUAUUUUGACCCACGUCAGGCAUUCACAGUGGAGGAUGUGUUGGUGAAGCCAAAGCGCUACGAUGGAAACACUGCUGCACUAGAGAUCCUACAAGGUCGUGACUUCUCUGACAAAGUGGUCCUCAUAACUGGGAGCAACUCUGGAAUUGGCUUUGAGACAGCCAAGUCCUUCGCGCUCCACGGUGCCCAUGUGAUCCUGGCAUGCCGAAACCUGUCACGGGCCAGCAAGGCAGUUAGCCUCAUACAGCAGGAAUGGCACAAAGCCAGAGUGGAGGCUAUGAUGUGCAACCUCGCCUCUCUCCGCAGUGUCAGGGAGUUUGCAGAGUCUUUCAAGGCAAAGAAACUGCCUUUGCACAUCCUGGUGUGUAACGCAGCGGUGUGCACUCAGCCCUGGCGCCUGACGGAGGACGGCCUGGAGUCUACUUUCCAGAUCUGCCACCUAGGUCACUUCCUGCUGGUUCAGUGUCUAUGGGAUGUUCUGUGUCGCUCAGCACCGGCCCGUGUCGUGGUGGUGUCGUCGGAGUCACACAGGUUCACAGACCUGUUAGACUCCUGCGGUAAGGUGGACCUGGCUCUGUUGAGUCCCCCACAGAAGAGCUACUGGUCCAUGCUGGCUUACAACCGAGCCAAACUCUGCAACAUACUCUUCAGCAAUGAGCUUCACCGCCGCCUUUCACCACACGGUGUUACAUCCAACGCAGUGCAUCCUGGGAAUAUGAUGUACACCUCCAUCCACCAUAGCUGGUGGCUGAUGACCCUGCUCUUCACCCUGGCCAGGCCCUUCACCAAGUCUAUGCAACAGGGGGCAGCCACCACGGUGUACUGUGCUGUAGCUCCGGAGCUGGAGGGAAUAGGAGGCAUGUACUUCAACAACUGCUUUCGCUGCCUGCCCUCCUCCCAGGCCCAGGACCCCAGCAGCGCCGCCAGCCUCUGGGAGCUAAGCGAGCGCCUGGUCUCAGAAAGGCCUGCAGGUAUACAGGCCUUAUGAUAGGCCAGCCAUCACUCACCAAUCAGAAAUAGA